UCUUGCUUGUGGUUAACCCGUGGCCGUAAAAAGCGCACCGAGCGAAAGAAUGCAGUCAUUUAAAACUGAACGCGAACACAUCAACACCGACACACUCCAGGAGAAGACCAACGGCAAGAUGGUAGAGACAGACCACGACCAAGAGAUCGACAUAAUGACCGCACCCACGCCCCACAGCCCUAUGGGACCCUACCCACAUGUCCACAACGACAUGGCUGAGAGAUUUCAUGACGGAAAAGUGUCCCCAACUUUCUCGGACGAUGAUGCAUUAAGUGACAAUGAUGUGAAGGGAAAAACCAAUCAACUUAUGGGUAACAUUGACGACCCUAACAUCCGUAGGUAUAGAACAGCAUUCACCAGAGAACAGAUUGCGCGACUGGAAAAGGAAUUCUACAGGGAAAACUAUGUUUCUCGCCCAAGAAGAUGUGAAUUAGCCGCAUCACUCAACUUACCUGAAUCAACUAUCAAGGUUUGGUUUCAAAACCGUCGAAUGAAGGACAAACGCCAAAGGAUGGCUAUGGCCUGGCCAUACGGCAUUCCAGACCCAAACCUAUACGCCUAUCUAAUGAACGCUGCGGCUGCAGCUGGUUAUCCCUACACCCUACCAAACUCUGCUGCAUCGCCAUUGAACUACUACGCAAGUUUAGGACUACAAAGCCUCAACCAGAGAGCAGCACAUUCGUACAGUCCAUACCCCAUCCCUAACCCACUUCGGCCCCGAGCAGACAUUUUAGCAAACCCGAUAUUGAGGCCAUCCGUGCCAGAUGUUGCAGCUCCAACUACUCCUCCCACGUCAUUAAAUACUCUAUCUACGUCACCACUUAGCACGACACGUGACCACCCUACCCCACCUAGUGCUCUGGGGCACCAUACGCUCCUUGGCCAGACGGGUGGGUCGUGCUCAUCUGGUCCUGGUGAGCCCUGUACGUGUCAUCUAUACUAUGGAAGCAUAGCGGCCGCGUCAAUUUCGACCACUCUUCCAUCAACGUCACUUCCUUUGAUCUCAACGUCACUCCCAGCACCAAUCCCAAUAUCACAUAGUGCACCAACAGUUCCAAGUUUAUUCCAGCCAUAUAAAACUGAUAUAGAGAGAGCGUGAUAGCCUUGUAUCCUAUACUUACAACUAGUCUUAUUUAAAAUGUGACAUUACAAAGACGUGACGUUACUAUCAUGCACAGGGGCUGGUAUUCUGUGUAGCCAUGACAGCUCAAUACCAAGGUAUGACACUAGCUGUAAUAAGCAUCAGGUAGUGAGAGAGAACACUCGGUCAUUGUUAAUGACCAUUAUAGACAAUGGAUGAUUAUACGCUCUUGGAACUCAAAUCAGAUGCAAAAUAUAAUUAGAGCGCAACGUCCCCCUAUCUACCAACAAGAUGAAAUUCUUUUAAGAGACAUCAAAAACAUGGUGGAAGAAAUACAUUCCAUUUAGAUUUAAAGUUGUAGUAAUAUUAAAUCUGCAGACCCAGCCCAGUCUAACUUAAAUAUGUUCACAGUGAAAUUUGUCACGAAGCAUUAUUUCUGAGGAUCUGCAGUU